AUGUCCACUGAUACUCAAACACAACAAGAAGAAAUCACAAUCAAUAAAGCUACCCCUGUCGCUGAUCCACCUGUUGAAACUCCGGUUGAAUCUGCUGCUCCAGUUGUCCCAGAAACUAAAGAAGUUCCUACUGCCACCACCAACAACAAUGAAGACGACUUGGACGAUUUAGAUGAUUUAUUAGACGAUUUCGCCGACGAGGUCCUCAGUAAACCUCCAGGUGCAAGUACAGCCACAACCGGCACACCUGCUGUUGGUCCAUCUGCAACCCAUAGUGUUCACGGAGAUAAUAAUGAAGAAGCUAAAGAUCCAACUCGUCCAUUGGAAGCUGAUUUCCAAUCUGGUAUAGCUGAUUUAAUCAAGGAUCUUAAUAUAGAAGAUCCAGAUACACAAAAGCAAUUUGAACAAUUAGUUGCUGAUUUUGAAUUAAAUCAUCGACAAGAAGUUGAAGCUGAAGAGAAAAAACCGGCCAAUUUUGAGUAUGUAAUGAAGGAAACUAUGGAAAGAUUGAAGAAAUCAGGUGAGACUGUUGAUGAGAAGAUUAAGAAUGAUCCAAUGGGUGGAAAUCCUGAAGAUAUGUUGACACAAUUAUUAGCUGGAUUAGGUGGGGAUGGAGGAGAAGGAAGUGUUGGAGAUUUAGAUAUGUCGAAAUUAUUGGUUGAUAUGUUGGAACAAUUAAGUAGUAAAGAAAUCUUGUAUGAACCAAUUAAAGAUUUAAAUUCAAAAUUCCCAGAAUAUUUACAGAAGAAUAAAGACAGUUUGGAAGAUGGACAAUAUAGAAUAUAUCAACAACAAUAUGAAAUGACUAAUCAAAUAUUAGCUGUGUUUGAUGCUAGUGAUUAUAAUGAUGGUGAUAAACAAAAAAGAGAUCAAGUUAAUGUCUUAUUGGAAGCAUUACAAGAAUUAGGUCAACCUCCUGCAGAAAUUGUAGGAGAAGUUGGAGAUUUACCCGGAUUUGGUGGUGGUGCAGGUGGUGUUCCAGGAAGUGAUUCAUUAAAUUUCAGUGAAAAGGAUUUACCACCUGGAUUUGAUAAACAAUUAGAAGAAGGUUGUAAACAACAAUAG